AUUUACAGCAGUCUGUUCUUCGUCGUCCUCUUGACUGCUGUCGUCCAGACAGCUAUCUUUUCAGCAGGUCACGAAAAUGGCGAAUGUGGUGCUGGAGUUUAAAGUCUCUGCGGGCGACUCCGAGCCUCAGAAUCGCCCCGUCCUGAUUGUCGGACAGCAGGCAAACCUGCAGCAAGUCAGCUGGAGCCAAAUCAAAGGAAAACUGCAGCCGGUGGUUAGCAAAGAGGUCUGGCAGGCGGCUCUUAAUGCUUUGAACCCAAAUCCCACGGACAACUGCCCCCUGUAUCUCAACCAUGCAACGGUGGCUGCCCUUCCUUCGCGGGUCAGCAGACAUAACAGCCCGUCUUCUGCCCACUUUUUGUCCCGUCUGGUUCGUUCCUGUCUGCCUGGAGGAAACAACCGCUGCAUCGUGAUGGUGUGUGAGCGUUCAGAUGUGUUUGCGUCUUCCUGUGCCAUUGCUCGGGCUUUCCCCAUCUUUUCUCGCCGCUCCACAUCCUUGCGCAGGACUGAGAAAAAGCAUGUCACUCUGGAGUUUGUGAUUAUUGGUCAGGACAGCAAUCCCCUGAAUGUGGCAGAACUUGAGUGUCUCUCCAAUGCUGCUGAUGGAGUGCGGUUGGCAGCGCGCAUUGUGGACACACCAUGCAAUGAGAUGAAUACAGAUCACUUCUUAGAUGAGAUCAAGGCUGUUGGGACUGAACUUGGAAUCACACCAGUGAUCAUUCGUGGAGAGGAACUGAAGCAAAGAGGGUUUGGAGGUAUCUAUGGAGUGGGAAAGGCAGCAGAGAAUCCUCCAGCCUUAGCAGUAUUAAGCCACACACCAGAUGGUGCGACUCAAACCAUUGCCUGGGUAGGCAAGGGUAUUGUGUACGACACCGGUGGACUCAGCAUAAAAGGAAAGACAACAAUGCCAGGAAUGAAGAGAGACUGUGGUGGAGCUGCUGCUAUUUUGGGAGCUUUUAAAGCUACAAUUAAACAGGGCUUUAAGGAUAAUCUCCAUGCAGUGUUUUGCCUUGCUGAGAACUCUGUUGGACCUGCUGCUACACGACCUGAUGACAUCCACACACUCUACUCUGGAAAGACGGUGGAGAUCAACAACACUGAUGCAGAGGGGAGGCUGGUGCUGGCUGAUGGGGUGGUGUACGCCAGCAAAGACCUGUCAGCUGAUAUUAUUCUGGAUAUGGCUACACUGACGGGGGCACAGGGGAUCUCCACAGGAAAGCACCAUGCAGCUGUGAUGACCAACAGCGAGCAGUGGGAGGUUGCAUGCGUGCGCGCCGGCCGCAGCAGCGGAGAUCUGGCUCACCCUCUGGUUUACUGCCCCGAGCUGCAUUUCAGCGAGUUCACCUCUGCCAUGGCUGACAUGAAGAACUCUGUGGCAGAUCGAGAAAACGCCCAGAGCUCCUGCGCUGGCCUCUUUAUUGGUUCCCACUUGGGCUUUGAUUGGUCUGGUGUCUGGGUCCAUGUUGAUAUCGCCUCUCCUGUUCAUGCUGGAGAGCGUGCCACAGGAUUUGGUGUUGCUCUGCUCAUGGCCUUGUUUGGUCAGGCAUCAGAUGACUCCAUGCUGAACCAGGUGUCUCCUCUGGGUGCAGCCACUUGCAUGUCUGGAGACCAGAUGGAGCGAGACUGCAAAAGACGGAGACUGGUGUAGAGCGUCUGCUCUGCUGCUUACACACACACACACACACACAGACAUGCACACCAUUAAAUCAAGUGCUCAUCCACUUAAAGAUAAAACAUUUUAAAUGUGAUUCAGCUUUCAGUGUUUGAUUGACUGAAUUUGGCUUUAUUAAACCGAUAAUCAUAGGUAAAUCUGACAUGUCCUUAUUAAAUUGGCUUUUUCCUGCACCGCUUCUCUAUUUCUCAGUUACUUGAGAAAUGGGUGGUUUACAUUUAUGAAUAAACCACUCAGAUUUUUAAAACUACACCUUGCUUUCAAAUACCCAUCUCAUCCAGAGCAAUGUAUAUUGAUACUACAGUAUAUGCAAACUGAGAAUUAUGCCAUAUAUUCACUCAGACUUAGCGUUCCACUUUCUUUUUUGUAUCCACUGUACUUUGUAAAUAUCUUGUGAAUGGAUGGACUGAGUGAUCCCUGGACCAAAAUGGAGGAUUGAGUGUUUGUGCCGAUUUCAGAGUUGAAAACUUGAACUGUGUCAGAUCAGUAACGACAACCACUGAAACACAAAAUGUUAAUUAAGAAGUGUUUGACAGAAUCCAGUGUGUGAUGUGUGGUGUUUGUCACCCAUGUGAUGAUCCUGUUGUCCUUCAAUAAAAGGCAGUGCCAUCUGA